AUGCCAUCUAUUCUUUUGUGUAUUCUGAUCUUUGUGCCCUGCGUAUUGGCUGAUGAUUGGGAGGAUUUUACUAAUAACCUCGCGACGGACCUGGCACCUCUAAUUACUCUCUUUGGCGAACGACUGACCAAGCAAUUUCUGUCCGAAUCCAUCAGUCUUCUCGACAACUUCAUCUUUGCACUAUCGCCCCUGGGAGUCCUGACUGCUGUAGUCUCUGUGAUCCGCGUCUGCGGCGGAUCUUCUCUUCGAGCCUUCAUUGGUAGAGCGCAAGAAGGGCCUGCUGAAGCCGAGGCGGAACUCUUACCCUGCGUGUCCGAGUCUACGGCAGAACUCUUCAAUGAAGGGGGCAUAUCGAGGGUCUUUGGUAGACCUAAGAUCGUGGAGAUUGUGAUGUGGAAUGAUGACGAAGCACAGAAUGAGGAGGACCGUAUAAAGAUUGGCACACUUCGUGAUGCGCUUCAAUGCGGUGCUUGGUCGGCCAGGGAUUCGGCGUUGUCGCUUGAAGAUUUGAAGGCGGUUGUCAAUACGCCUGAGCUGGAUGUCCCGAACUUAUCAUUGAAUAAGGGGAUCAAAUGUCGUGGCCAGUUUUGGUUCUAUUGUGUGGCUAUCAUUGGGGUUCUGUUGCAACUUGGCUCGAUGGUGUAUGCUGGUAUCACAGUCUUUGUGUUCCCUUCGACAUUUGAAAAAGACGGUAGUGCUGUGCCAUCCUACGCUUUUCCAUUUUAUAUCCUCGGAUCAGUCUUGCUCUUUAUUGGAAUGCUAUUCUGCGCCAUCAUAAUCGAACGUUCAUCAGAUGAAAUCUACUUCAAACCAAACAAGCCCAGUAAAUUAUUCUGGCUUCAGCCCGGCAAGCAAAAUGUCGGCGACCAAGUCUUCAAUGCCUUCUUGGCGGUCAAGGAAGGGUCCGAGGGUACACUGACCAAAAAGAUGGAGUAUAUCAAGUCGGUCCGGGUUCGAAAAUACGACGGUCGAUCCAUGGAGAUCUACGUGUCUGUCUUGUCGACCUUGCUGGGCUUUAUUUUUCAGUUCAUUGGGCUAAGAGGUCUCCACGCCUCUGUGAUUCUGGCACAACUGGGGUCCACGUUCAUCAUGUCCAUCCUGCGAACUUGUCUUCGAACAGAGCGCAUGCCACAUGAUGAGAACAGGAUCCGCGAUGAGAGAGGAAUCAUAUCAAACAAACACCAAGAGCUUGAUUGCUUGACGUUUCAUCUUCACGGAAUUGAAUCGUUUGAAAUGCUGACGCCCUCCACCUCCUCUCAGCUUUCAACGGACCUUUCCAGUAAUUCGACUCAUUCCGGCACGAACAGUGUGAAACAAAUUGUUCGAACUAGGACUCGUCUGGCUGAGUUGACCUCAAUGUCCAACCAGGGCCUCAUCGUUGAUUGGAACAAAAUGCCCAUCCGGGAUGCAGCUCAAAGCUUGGCACGGGCAAUCGAAUCUACAACGAACCUUCUUUCAGCAUGGAGUGACGCCUUUACAAAGUCUUUUGAAUUCAAUAUUCAGAUAGAAUGCCAGCGUGCAUCAAAUGGAUCCUCCCCUCGGAUACGAGAAAUGAUUCCUCUCGCAAUGACCCGUUGCGGUGAUUCACAACGAUGGACAAUAAAUGUCAAUCAGCUGGAGGCAAUGAUAGGUCUUUCAGUCUGGUCGUUGUACAAGUCCGAGGAACAAAACCUACACCGACCACUCAGUCGCAUGAUCGGUCUGAGCAUAAGCCAAGCAAGCCAAAAGGAAACCUACCGCCUGUUUCAUAAAUGGGUUUACCGACAGACAGACGCACGAUUGACGUCUGCGAAAAUGGCUGAUCAUUCGCGACGUUGGUUUGGCUGGUUUGACUUGGAUUCAGACGAGCACCACCCCGCGAAAGAAAUUCUUGUCAUGCGGACGAAGAAUGAAAUUGAGAUGAUGGUCGCUCAAGAUAUUUUCGUGCAAUACCUUCUUACGGCACUUGGCAGAGUCUCCGAGCUCGGCGGAGAUACAAGACUUUUGCAUCGUGAUGGGUCUUACGAGGCUUUCACAGUGCACCAUGACCGAGUUGACGAAAUGGUGCAUUGCUUCGAGAACUGUGGUCUCGGCUCACGGGAAGAUGCACUCUUGUGCAUUGUGCUCGUUCUGAAAGAGCGAGAUCUUCUUCCAGAGUUGUCGGCGGAUGCACCCAGCGUCAGGGAGCGCAUUCAGCAGCUCAUCGAACAGAAUAAUUGGGAAAAUGCCUUUCAUCUAAUUCGGUGGAUCUGCGAAAGGAGUGAUGGAGUUGAACUUCAGAUCUCUGCCUAUGAACUGGGCUAUCUGUGUCGCCGGGCACUUCUCGACCCUUCAAAAUCCGCCCAAGAAAAGGGAUUGGAAAACGUGUGUCAAAUACUGGACUCUGAUCCUGAAACAGACUUCUUCACUACGCAAGGGCUGAGGCGGCCGCGGGAAUGGCCAUCAUCUCCCAGCUUCCUCAGCUGGUGGGUUGCAUUUGGUCAACAGCUAGGAUGGCUUGCAUGGCAUAUAUCGAGCAACGUCAAAGAAUCGAAGUGGAUCCAACCGGCGUUGACUCACCGGAAAGCACAUAAGAUGCUGCAAGCUUCUCAGCUAACAGUUCAAGCUAUCGGGACAGCCGAGAAUGAGGCUGUGUAUGUCCGGGAUUUGCUUGCUUCCAGGUCUUUGGACUCUGACCAUUCCUAUGACACCAGCGAUAUGAACGCCUACGAGUGGGUCCGCACCACUGGCUAUGAUGCCUUGCUCUAUUUUUUCAUCCUUCAGUGGAUUGAAAUUGGGACAACUUUCCCACCGGCUUUAAAGCAAAUCAUCACAGUUGCUGCGAUGUGUCACAGCACGUGGGGAAUUGAGAUUCUGCUGCGACGAAGUAUCGAUAUCGACACUUUGGGAAGUGAGGUCUCCGCUCUGCAAGAGGUGAUCAAUGAAAAAGAUACAAGAGCGACCGAGAUUCUGCUCGCACAUGGCGCCAGAGCCAAUGGACGAGAGAGAACAAGAAUGGCACAUCCAAUCAUUCUCGCCGCCAUGCAGGGUGCGACGGAAAUCGUACAAUUACUUCUAGAUCACCAAGCGAACAUCGAGGCCGAAGAUUUUGCAGGAUUGACUGCACUACAAUGGGCGGUCCGGGAGAAUCACCUGGAUGUAGCACGUCUUCUACUGUCUCGGAAAGCCGACGUUGAAACAACGGGCUCCGACAGAUACACGCCGCUUACUAUAGCCGUUCUCCAUGGCCUGGUAGAGAUGGUGGAGGUACUCCUGGAAGCACAAGCAGACAUCAACGGUCGCGAGCGAACCACCAACCAGACGGCUCUCAUCACUGCGGCUCAGACGUCAUUUGCGGAUAUAGUGCGUCUUCUUCUGCUCAAAGGAGCCCGAGUUGACGCGUGUGACUCCAAGGGGCUGAGUGCAUUGGACUACGCAAAAAGGAAAGGACGGAGUGAUAUUGUGGCCAUGUUGGAAGGAGCCAUCAAUGAUGUUGAGAUUCGGGAUAUCCAGUCUUGA